GCAUGCGCGUUUCAUUUGAACAUGGUUCCUGCAUGCUGACCCCUGGACGCUGUGCAUGUAAUCAUCAUUUUUCGCCGACUCUUCGAUCUUAUGUGUUAGAUAAUAUUGUUUAGUGGUGAUAUUUUUGAAUUUUGAAAGACCGCUCCUAUUUUUCUUUUUGCUUUUUGAGUAAAUCCUCCCCAAGAAAGUUACCAGGAUGAAUCGUCCCUAUCACGGAUCCGGAGGCUAUGUCGGUCUGGGCUACCCACCUCCACCAAACACCUUUGCCAUCAGUAACAACACCAACAGCAAUGACCCCCUUGCUAAAGUGUCCAGAGUGUUUGUAGGAAACCUCAAUCCCAGAGAAGUGACCGACAGAAUGCAACUGUACCACAUAUUUCUUAAGUAUGGUAACGUCAAGGCAAUCUCGCUGCAUAAAGGAUUCGCUUUUGUCCAGUACGACACCGAGGUGGAGGCACGUACCGCGGUUGCAGAAGAGAACGGAAAUCUCUUCGGAACACAGAAACUUGAUCUUUGUGUCUCCACUGAAAGGCAUAAGGCUGGUGGUGGAGGAGGAGGUGGCGGCGGCGGAGGAGGUGGCAGUGGCUUCAAACGAUAUGAUACUGAUUUUGAUGGAGGAUAUCAGAAUGCUCAGGCCAAGAAGAGGAGGUUUCAGGAUAACACACUGAUGGAUAAGAAAAGUGGGGAUGAACCUACAACCUGGAUCUGCUCGUACUGUAAGCAUGUAAACGUAUCGGCCUGGGAGCUUAUGAAGCAUGCUGCUGCCGUUCAUCAGACACAGAUCUAUGACCUCAAUGGAGCUAAGCCAGAGGAAGGAGAAUAGUCGCAGCCGAUUCUUCACAGUCCCUUGAUAUGGGUAGAGCGAAGCCAAGAGGUGUAGUUAUUAAAUCACAGUCAGUUCAUGUAUCAGGAUAGUCCAUCAAAUACAUGUGCCCUCAGACCUUGAUGGUUUAGAAUAAGUAAAUACACCUAAAUCUUAUUGAGAUAGUCCACCUAACACAUGUUUAAACCCGUUGACAAUUGAGUUCUUUUAUUUCCAUAGGCUUUAAACAAAGACCACCCAGUUCACACAGGUAUUGGGUUCAAACUCCAUCAAUUUUGAAGGGCUAGAAUUAAUAGUAUUCCAAGGUAAUGAGUAAAGUCUUGUUUAAAAAACAUUUGAUUUUAGUCGGGUACUGCACUUCAGUGUUAAAAAAUAGGAAAAUGACUGCUCUGUAUUAAAGCAAUGUUGUCAUGAGUCUAUGGCCUGAAUAGAUUGAAGUCUGGGUGAAGGAGGAGUAGAAUGAGUAAUAUCUUUUAAGGUUAAUUGUAUUGUGUAAUUAUUGAAAGAAAAUUGACCACACAUAAACUGCCUUCGCUGCCCAAAGAAUUUGCCCCCACCACCAUGAGAGUACAUCAUGUAUUAACAUUGGUAAGCAUAUGAAAUUGGAUUAAUCUUAAAUCAUCUACAUUACCAGCAAAGAAGAAAUCUGACGGCAGUGUAAGAAGUUUGUCCUUGACACAUUUCAUUGUCCUUGACACAUUUCAUUGUUUGGCUUUAACUUUGUUGAUAUAGUUGCUCCUUCAUAUGUUAAUGCAUGACGUUUUGGCAUAACGGACCAGUCUGUGUGUCGAUGGAAUACUUUGAAUAUUAUUUGUUGCAUAUUUUCAUUUGUUAUCUGGUUUACAUUUCUCAUGCAAAAUCAGGAAUCUGUUUACAUUGAGGCAUAACUUCUUAUUAUUCAAAGUGCAGUUUCAGUAAGCGUAAGGGUUGUUGAUGAGACUCACUAAUGUUGCUUUGGUUGAGUGAAACCAUUUCCAGAAAGUUGUUUGAAUUUAAUCUCAAAAUAAAUUGCAGUGUAUCUUUGGUAUGUUCAUUCUGCAAUACAUGUAUUAUAAGUAAAAGAAGGUAUGGGAUUUAUACACCAUUGGCAUUGGGUAACGAUGAAUGGACUUACCAGAAUAAAUAAUAUGUAUGUACCUGUAAUUUUCAUUGAUAAAAUGACAAGAUUUUUAAAUUUAAUCAGUACUCAACAUAGUUUGUAAGUCAAAACUCAAAAGUAAAAAGAAUAUGAAAGAAAAAAAAAUUAAAUGUGACGAUCUAUGAUCCUUCCUAAUUGUGUAAAUGUAUAUCAGUGAAAUGGCCCACCUUUGAAUGUUUUUUUUUUUAUUCUUUCAUUCCUAUGUUCCUCAAAGUUCUGUUCAUUUUAAGGGUUUUAAGUAAGUAAAUUGUACAGUGUGUAAGACUGUAAGGUAUAAUAACUUAAACUUACAUUAUUUUGUGUGCAGAUUAUGCUUGCUGAGAUGCAAACAUUUCUUGAAUUUUUACCCCACUGAAAUAAAAUGCAUUUCCUUGCAUUUAGUUUGUUUUCUGCAGAGUAGUUAAUUUUCCAGUUCACAGUGUUGAGAGAAGGAAGGGUAAGCAUUCCAAUUAUACACCAUUAAUUGUUAGGAAUUAGUUCUCUCCGUACAUGUAGACUUGUGAUCAUAAAUUUCAGAUUUGUGUGUGUAAAUAUAUUUUGUUGUUGCUGCAACAAGAGGGUAGGCAAGAGUAAAUGCAUUUGGUCAAAAUGUAAAUAGUUCUUUAACGUGAAAGUCGUGAAGUAAACGGCUUUGCCAAAAAAGCCAAAUAAAAGAAAA